UCUCAGUCGGGUCGAGGCGCGCACGAGAGAGCUGGUCCACAUUUUCACGUGGGACGUCGGUGCCAUGCCUUCCACUUGAGUCGCCCGUGAAAGAGAUUUAAGAGGGGAGUUUUUGUGACCCAGGGACGUCGUAAAAGCUCAUUUGUGGAGCAAAAACAAAACAAAAAAAUUGCCCGGAAGGGCCUCACGUGAAGGGUCACCGAGCACCGACAAUCUCCUUCCCCCGGGCUGCAAUUAAGCACGACUAGAGAGUUUUUAGCGAGAAGUCCGACACCUCAGUACGCACAUUCGCUCUCGCAUUUACCCGAACUUGCACUAACUUCUCUAGUAGACCCGCACAGAUUUACAGCAAAAGAAGCGUCCAUUCGUAGGUAGCCAGGCCCUCGGAGCAGAAUGAGGGAACCCUGGAUGUACCUGAUGUGCUUUUGCCUCCUGGCGAGCUCAACGUCAUCACACGGUGCCAACAACCCCUUCGCAGGGCAGCAGACCCCGGCGGACCCUUGCUACGACGAUACCGGUGCGGCCCGCCGCUGCAUACCCGAGUUUAUCAACGCCGCCUUUGGCAAAGAGGUGACAGUGUCCAGCGUGUGCGGCCGGCCGCCGUCCCGCUCGUGCAGCGUGCUGGAGCGCGGCGACGACCGGCCGUCGGUGCGGACGUGCCAAAUCUGCGACGCCGCCGACCCCCGUCGCUCCCACCCGGCUUCCUACCUCACCGAUCUCAACUCGGCUCACAACUUGACUUGCUGGCAGUCGGAGAACCUCAACACCUCGCCCUACAAUGUGACUCUAACUCUUUCCCUGGGUAAAAAGUUUGAGAUCACUUAUGUGAGCUUGCAGUUCUGCUCACCCAGACCAGAGUCGCUAGCCAUCUAUAAGAGCAUGGACUAUGGCAAAACAUGGAUGCCCUACCAGUUCUACUCAUCGCAAUGUCGACGGGUGUACAAUCGGCCCAACAAAGCCACCAUUACGAAACAGAAUGAACAGGAGGCUCUGUGUACUGACGGUCACACUGACCUCUACCCGCUCUCAGGAGGACUCAUUGCCUUCAGCACCUUGGAUGGGCGACCGUCCGGCAAAGACUUUGACAACAGUCCGGUACUUCAGGACUGGGUGACCGUCACCGAUAUCCGCGUGGUCUUCAGUCGCCCCCAGCAGUCGCGCGAGCUGGGGCUGCCCGCCGGCGGAGGAGCGAGGGACGAAGACCCCGUGGCGGUCACCUCCACUCUUCCGGCGUACUUCUACGCAGUGGGGGACUUCCAGGUGGGCGGAAGGUGCAAGUGCAACGGCCACGGAUCACGCUGCCUGAAAGACAAGGAGGGGAAACUGGUGUGCGACUGCAAACACAACACGGAAGGGCCCGAAUGUGACCGGUGCAAGCCCUUUCACUACGACCGGCCGUGGCAGAGGGCCAGCGCCCGCGAGGCCAACGAGUGUCUGCCGUGCAACUGCAACCUGCACGCCCGCCGCUGUCGCUUCAACAUGGAGCUGUACAAGCUCUCCGGGAGGAAGAGCGGCGGCGUGUGCAUGAACUGCCGCCACAACACAGCCGGCCGCCACUGCCACUACUGCAAGGAGGGCUUCUACCGAGACAUGGCGCGACCCAUCACUCACCGCAGGGCUUGCAAAGCCUGUGACUGCCACCCUGUGGGAGCAGCGGGUAAGACGUGCAACCAGACCACAGGUCAGUGCCCCUGCAAGGACGGCGUCACCGGCAUCACCUGCAAUCGCUGCGCCAAAGGCUACCAGCAGAGCCGAUCCCCCGUCGCACCGUGCAUCAAGAUCCCCGUGGUGAACCCCACAGCUGUGGUGAGCAGCACAGAGGAGCCAGCAGACUGUGAGUCCUACUGCAAACCAGUGAAGGGAAACCUGAAGAUCAACAUGAAGAAAUACUGCAAAAAGGAUUAUGCGGUGCAAGUGAACGUGCUGGACAUGGAGACGGUCGGUGACUGGGCCAAAUUUUCCGUCAACGUCAUGUCGGUAUACAAGAGCCGCGGGGAGCCCUUGAAGCGGGGGGACAACAUCCUGUGGGUGCACAUGAAGGACCUGGCCUGCAAGUGUCCCAAGAUCCAGAUGAGCAAGCGCUUCCUGGUCAUGGGCGGCAGUGACGGCGGGACGGGCCCGGGGGCGGGGCCCGGGGUGGGACCCGGCGGGGGAACUUCAAACCCAGGGCCAGAACGAGCGGGCCUGCUUGCCGAUAAGAACAGCCUGGUGAUCCAGUGGAGGGACGUUUGGACGAGACGACUGAGGAAGUUCCAGCGCAAAGAGAAGAAGGGGAAGUGCGGCAAAGCGUGAUUGGGGACGGGUGGUGCCGCAGGAACCUACCUCUUCGUCCACCUCCAUGAACCCUGACCCAGUCCCCUCAAUCACGGGAACGCUGCACAUUACCAAGACUGCAUGUACCCUACCAGUUUUAAGGACCACAUUUUGUCUAUAAUGUAUAAUUAUUGUCCUUUUGAUUUUUUUUUUUUUUUGUAUUGUCUCGUCUUUCUCGUCCUAUGGUUUGCCUUAAAAAGGGACCGUUAAAAAGGGUAUGAAGUGUAGACAAAAGCAGACCGUUCCCACCCUCCCUGAUGACUUUGACACCAACCGACCGCUCUGUUUCCCACCAGAACUCCUUCAAACGGUCUUCCCAAAGGAUUUCUACAAGCAGCAAUGAAGCCCAAGAACUCAUCUCCAGUCACAGUGGGGGUGUUCAACUCUUUUUGGGACCAGACAUCUGCAGGAACUUCUUUGAAUCAAGAUUUUUUUUUAAAGAGACACUCUGGAAUUUUCCACAACAAACUUGCUGCUGCCACAAGACUGGACUCACGCAAGCUCACUGCUUAUUUUCUUCUCCAACAAUAUAGUCUAGUCAUAGCAUCUGAGCAUUCUGUUGGCAUGCGUGGGUCACAUUUCUGAGGGUAUUUUCGCAACCCCUCCCUAGCUGGACCCUCUCAUGGGAGUUUUAACGUGCAUGACACUUUGCUUUGGCAGGAACCGGUUGUCCAACUGGUUGGUAUUUCAGAAGAACGCCACUCGACGGUAAUCUUGAGCGGAUUCCUUUCUGAUGCGCCGCGCGACUGUCAAACUUCAAUUUCGUAAAAAGUGGGCCCAACGAGCUGACUAUUUAGUCUGAACGAACGAGGCCGGAACGUUUUCAGCGUUCACCGAGAGCGUGCAGUAUUGUGACAUGAGACUAUCGCAAUUCCUUCCUCGUGUGUUUGGUCGUGUUUGAAUGUUCGUGGUUUACGCCAGUCCGUCGAGCUUCCCGUCAUCCUUUGCCGAAUGAGCGCGGUGUUUUUUUUUUUUUUUAAAUUGAAUUAAGAGACUAUAAAAGUCAGAUUUGAAAAUAAAACGUCUGGUAGCUCUCCAGCUUUUGAUCCGCCUUUCAUUUUGAAAAACACGUUGCAGUCUACAGCAUAAGAUAAACAAAAGUUUGAAUCUGAGGUCCGCGCUGACAGGCAUGUCUUGAAAGUUUGCGGUUGUUUGGCUGCGGCCGAGGCUGCGUGUUUGGCUUGUCCUUCUUCCAAAAGACUCUCUCCUCUGCGUCGUAUCAGCCGAGCGCUCGCCCCCACCACCCCCUAGCCAUUUUUGCAUGUUGUGUAUUGAGUGUCUUAGAUAAGUGACAGCGCAAGUGGAGGUUGCCAAAUCUCCUGAGUGGCGCACUGUACUCCGCACUUGUAAGCGCUCCUUUUCCUCCCCGAGAAUGUACGUCAAACUGUGAAGGACUCACUCCAAUGUAUUGAUUGUGUUAGCUUGCCCUAAGAAUGUCCAUUUAGUGGAACUUUGCUUCUCAAUGUUUGAUCCCAAAAAACCUACGUAACCAAAAUAAGUUACAGUGGAACCUCCACAUAGGAAAUAUCAGAUAACGUGAAGGAAUCAGUUCUCAAAAUUUUAUUCAUCUGUCCAAACAAUGUUUUAGGUAGCAUUUUUUUCCAUCUCAGACAAGGGUAAAGACGAGAUUAAGUUGCUGUAACGUGGCAGUAAAUGUCUUCUAAAUUUGGCAAAGCAAAGAGAAGAAUGUUUAUAACAACGGCGCCAAAUGUUAUUGAUGGGUAAUCAAGUUACCAAGUAUGAAAAUGAGGCUUCCCCUGCUAAAGAUUUUCUAUAGAACAUUUCUAAAGAAUUUCUAAAGAACUAUAGAACUUUAGGACCCAAGUCCAAUAGUUCUGUAGAAAUUCUAAAGAAAAUCACAGCCAAAGUUCUAUAGAACAAGUUUUUCUGUACAAAUUCUGUAGAAUUCUAUAUCUUAGGAUAGAUUUUUUUUUAGAUGGGUCAUGCAACUUGCUUAAUGCAUAUACAUCCCUAUUUGUUUGAGCCAGAAAGAAAUGUAUCUGCUUAAAGCCUCCAGUGGAUGAAAGAUAGCCUGAAAAAUGAGGCAGUAGCCAGAAGCUAGCUAGCGAGCUAACAGGCUAGCGAGCUAACAGGCAUCCUCAGCGUCACGUCCUUGCUUGGGAAUCAUGACACUGACCUGUUCUGUAAGUUACCCCAUUUAGGAAAGAGGAUUUUUUUGGGGGGUGUGUUAGCAUAGCUAGCUAGCUAGCUAUCUGCAAGUAAUUCGCAAUUGCGCCAUUUUAGCCAUGCCCAAAGCAAUCAAAGACUGAAAUCGUUAAGAACAUUUCAACAAUAUUUCACCACGAUUCAAUACGGGGUAGUUUUCAGUCCUUGGAUAUUUUCACUAAUCAUCUUUUCACAUCUAUAAUGUGGUAAUACAAAUUAUCACACACAAAAAAGGUGAAAAAGCUAAAAAAAAAAUGAUCGUGGAGUUAAUUCUUUAGAUGGUCAUUGACCCGAAGUCAACAUGUGAUGUUUUGUGUCAAGUUUCGGAGGUUCCACUGAAAUCAUAGUUUCAUACAAACAGUGACUUUGUUUGUAUUUCCACUAAGAACCGGUUCAGCUGAGCUGUUUGAGUCCGUAUCUGGAGCUCAUUUCGCAACAAUAUCAGCAUGCCAUAUUUUGGCAUCCCUCCUCUCGUCUCUUUGGCUCUCGCUCACGUGCCCACCCUGAACGUUGACGCAAAGAUAAGAGCGCGCCAGAUGUUUUCGGGUCUUUUUAGUGAGCCUCAUAGGGAGAGCCGCCCCGUUGUUUUUCAUUAACAAGGCCCAAAGCUUGGCAAUAGAAGCCAGCCCCUUUCGUGCUUUUCCUUUGUUUCUUCCGCCGCUAGCUUUUUAUAGCAUACGCAGGUGUGUGUACGUGUGUGAGAAUACGUUUGUGUGUCUGUGUGUGUCUAAUUAUUCAAAACGAGUAAACAAGUGAUUUGCACAUCACGCCCUGCGACCCUCAUUGCUUUUUGUGCUCCAAUUAGACGCUUUUGAAGGUAUUUUGUAUGUGUCCUCCCGACCCGCAACAUUACAGCCGGUACACUUGCACAAUCUAAUGUACAGGUGACAAACUCAAAGCCCCUGGGGGUCAGAUCCCCCCCCCCCCCCCACAUCAUUUUAUGUGGUCCGAGAAAGAAAAUCGUGUGCCUCAACCAAUGCAUUCAAAAAACCUAUCAGAUUUAAAAUUAACUUUGUUUGUUUGUUUUAAACUGACAGAUCACUGUUACUCAUUUGUGGAAAAAUAUUUAAUGCAGUCUUAAAAUGUUACCUAAAAUAUCAUCUGUACACUGUUUGGACAUUGGAGAAUUUAAGCCAGACUGUUACAAAAUUCUGUAUAUUAUAUUAAUUUAUAGUGUGAUUUUAAAUCAGAAGUCCGCCUGCCGAAGAAAAAUUCCUUGUGUGUUUUUACACACCUGGCCAAUAAAGCUGAUUCUUAUUCUGAUUCUGAAAUAUGCAAAAUAUUACUCGUAUUCAUAGAUUUGAAAAAAAAACAUAUAUAGUACUUAACUAUUAUCCAAUUUGUGUUCAAUAAAAAAAAUGUUUUGGCAAAAAUAAAUGCAUGUAAAACCGCUUUAAGUGAAGAAAGAUGCAAAAACCAAAAGUUCAAGAACUAUGAUGGAGACACUGAAUUUGUUUUAGUGAGACAUAAAAUAAUGGAGCAUCCCCGGAGUUUGACACCCAGGCUUUUCACACUAUCGCAAAUAAUUGGAGGAUUAGCAUCUAAAUAUUAGAUAUUUGAUUUAUUUCUUAAGCACUCCAAACUACAACCACAAUAAUUCAAAGGGCAAGGGCGAAAAGGGCAAUAAUAUCUUCUGAAAGCAGAUUUGUGCAAGUGUGCCGGAGAACAUAUCCUCCAUGUUUUUCCUCCCGUUUUACCCACUUGUCACGGUGUAAAUAUGCAGCGGGCUGCCGUUUUCUGUUGCGUCACCUGAUGACCGGCGUCCGUGUAUUGUACAAAAAAAAAAAAAACGAUGACGUUAACGCGAUGGCCGAAAACAGAAACACGUGCUUUUGUCGGGGCCGCCCGGAGAUGUGUUUCACGUGGUACGCAGAAUGUAUUCCUUUCAGCUUCUACGACAAGCGCCCUAUUGUAAAUAACUCUGGGCGUAAAGAUGACGAAGUAGUAUGUGACACGGCGAAGUCCAAACGGGAAUGGACCCCACGCCCCUCUGUGAAUGUCUGGAACGGUGGCUCGCUCACUCCAUGAAGUAUCCGCGGCCUUUUGUUUUGGUGCAUACCCUGAUCCUCACUUGUAUAACCAAGUCUUCCUUGUACCCCCCCCCCCAAAAAAAAAAACACCACCACCACCUUUCA